AUGCUGUCUUACGUGCUGCCCUCACUCCUGCUUGCCAGCAGCUUCGUCGACGUGGCGCUGGGCGGCGUGGCUCAUGUUCGCCGCGAUGGUUCAUCGCCUUCGUUGACAUAUGAUCCUAACACCACCGCGUACUGCACCUGGUGGGUUGACCUGACCACGGCCAAGACCUGCAGCGUCCUUCUGAGUGAGAACGCCAUUGACUUGGUCUCGUUCCGAAGAUGGACGGGCCACUCGUACUGCGUCGAGGCCUUCUUUGAGCCGCCGGUCACCACGGCCGGGCCCUCCACGACGUCCACCAUCAAGACUACAUCGACGACCGCAACCCCGCCGACCACGACAUCGACCGGUAAUGGCGUGACCACGCCUCAGCCGACGCAGGCGCAAAUCGUCAACAACUGCAACAAAUUCUACUUUGUGCAGUCGGGCGAGUCGUGCUCCAGCGUAGCCAGCUCCAACGGCAUCACGCUUGCCCAGUUCCUUGAAUGGAACCCGUCCGCCGGCAGCACAUGCGCAGGCCUUUGGGCCAACGCGUACGCUUGCGUCGGCAUCAUCGGCGGCGCCACGGUUACUUCGAGCCCGCCCACGACCACCACCUCUACGGGCAACGGUAUCACCACACCUACGCCCACGCAGCCCAACAUGGUCGGAAACUGUGACAGCUUCUACUAUGUGAAGUCGGGCGAUACGUGCGCUGCCAUUGCGAGCAAGUCUGGCAUCUCGGUGUCGCAGUUUGUUGAGUGGAACCCCAGCGUGGGUAGCUCAUGCAGCGGGCUCUGGCUGGAUGCGUAUGUAUGCAUCUCCAUUAUUGGUCACACUCCCACCACUCCCACGCCGACCAGCCCGGGCAACGGCGUAGCGACGCCCACUCCGAUCCAGGACGGAAUGACCAAGAGUUGCAAAACAUUCCACUACGUCGUCUCAGGUAACACCUGCACGACCAUUGCUUCACAAUACGGCAUCACUGUCGCCCAAUUUACUUCCUGGAACCCAGCCGUCGGCUCCUCCUGUACUGGUCUUUGGCUCGACACCUAUGCCUGCGUGGCUGUUUUGUAA